AAAGUGCACAAAGGAAAGAAGGCACAAAAAUAAACAGAGGAAGAAGAAGCAUAGAGAGUUUCCUUGUGUGGGUGUGUGGGGCCAUGCCAUGCUAUCUUCCUCCAUAGACAACAACCACCUCAUCACACUCACUAACUCAUAAACCAUCAUUGCUUUUACUGAAUUAUAUCCCACUCUUCCUCCCCCUUUUCUUUCUUUCUUUUUCUUCUCCAUCACCAAAACACAAAACCAAACAUGUCCCCAUUCGCAUUCCCACUACCAUCAUUUGAAUGAAUCAAUCCAUGUCAUAAAACAACUAUUGCCCAUGUUUUUCAUUCCUUUCCCUUUGGCCUUGUUUGCUUUUGUUGCUCUUGUCUCUGCCUCUUCCUUGGUCUGAAAUCUACGUGUGAAAGAAAAGGCAGAAUCUUUUUGUAUAUACACUAGAAAAGUUUCUGUCUUUUUUCCAUUUUUGUAGAUGGGGUGCUGGUGAAGGUGAAGGUGAAGGUGAAGGAUAGUAGUUGGUGCAAAACUGCUUUGUAUAGUAGUACUAUGGGGAAUUGCUUGUGUAGGUUGGAAUCUUCAGAUUAUAGAGUCUCUUCUAAUGCAAAGCCAGAUUCAACAAGAGAGGAAAACCAGGCAAUGAAACAAAGGAGUGAUAAUAGUAGGUUACCAACAAAUCCUGAGGAAGUGGAAAACCUACUAUUACGCCGUGAUUCAGCUGCGAAUCCAUUGAUUGUAUUCAGUUAUGAUGAGCUAAAGAUAAUAACUGCAAAUUUUAGGCCGGAUCGUGUGUUGGGGGGUGGCGGAUUUGGAAGUGUAUAUAAAGGGUUCAUCUCUGAGGAGUUAAGGCAGGGUCUUCCUACUCUUCCUGUGGCUGUUAAGGUUCAUGAUGGUGAUAACAGUCAUCAAGGCCACAGAGAAUGGUUGGCAGAAGUCAUAUUUUUGGGGCAGCUAUCACAUCCGAAUCUAGUCAAAUUAAUUGGAUACUGCUGUGAAGAUGAACAUAGGGUGCUAAUUUAUGAGUUUAUGGCCCGUGGAAGUGUCGAAAACAAUUUGUUCUCCAAAAUAUUGCUUCCAUUGCCAUGGUCCAUAAGAAUGAAGAUUGCAUUUGGAGCUGCAAAGGGACUUGCAUUUCUUCACGAGGCAGAGAAACCUGUCAUCUAUCGUGAUUUCAAAACAUCAAAUAUUUUAUUGGACCUGGACUAUAAUGCAAAACUUUCUGACUUUGGCCUUGCUAAAGAUGGGCCAGUUGGAGAUGAAUCCCAUGUUUCGACUCGCAUAAUGGGAACAUAUGGCUAUGCUGCACCGGAGUACAUAAUGACAGGUCAUUUGACCCCUAGAAGUGAUGUUUACAGCUUUGGGGUUGUUCUUCUGGAACUUCUGACGGGAAGAAAAUCGCUAGACAAGUUAAGGCCAGCAAGAGAACAGAACCUUGCAGAUUGGGCUCUUCCUCUGCUGAAGGAGAAGAAGAAACUUCUAAACAUCAUAGAUCCAAGGCUUGAAGGUGACUAUCCAAUAAAAGGUGUUCACAAGGCUGCAAUGCUUGCUUACCAUUGCUUGAACCGCAAUCCAAAGGCUCGGCCACUAAUGCGAGAUAUUGUGGACUCAUUGGAGCCUUUGCAGGCACACAAUGAGAUCCCUAUCCAAAAAACAUUGACCAUAAUUAGUGAAGUUGCUGAAGCUGAUUUAAGAAAAGGAAAAAUGCAGAAUCACUGAAUGAAUUGUUUUUUAGGUUGUUUCAGGUUUUCCAUCUAAUGUUCAUAGGGAGAGGUUUUGCCUUAACUAUUUGUGUUUAUUAACAAGAAAUAUAUAGGCAUUUCUUUUUCUCUCA